CCUCCCCACUGUUUCCCCACUCUGUUUCUGGGAAAGAAGCAGUUUGCGGAGGAAAAACAAGUGUGUAAAUGCACCAAACAGGUUACCGGAACUAAGCAAGGUGCUAAUUUACAGAAGCUCCAAAGUGCAGGCGAUCGAGACAACAUGAACACCACUCAUCCAGGCGCAAACGUCACCCUUACCCGUGACAGAGGGAACGCCAACCUGACGACCACCACCACCUCCCCCAACAUCCCGUGGCCUCCAGCUCAUCCGUCAGACAUCCACGACCCAGAGUUCACCAUCAUGGUGGUGCUGGGCUUAUCUCUGCUGCUGGCUGCGUUAGCCGUCUUCCUGGCUGUGCGCCGGCGCUUGGAGCAGGACAGGGACUUCGAGGCGAGUUGUGUCCCGGGGGAGGGUCUGCCUCGUAGAGGAGGCAUGUCCACUGAGCCCCAGCUCAAGGUGUGGAAGAGGCUGGGUUCAUACCGGCGUGCGUAUAACAUCUCCUUUAGACGACCGCCUCAACGCAGACCACACCAGCCGACCAGGGCGAUCCGGUCUACAGGCUCAGAGACCCCACAGCCAGAGGCCAGCGUGGAGCUCCACCUCACCACACCCUGUCUCCGGGACUACGUCACUGAAAUCUGA